CAGACCUGUGCCGGUUCCAGUGACGAUGGCGGUAUUUCACGAUGAGGUGGAGAUAGAGGACUUCCAAUACGACGAGGACUCGGAGACCUACUUCUACCCCUGUCCGUGUGGGGAUAACUUCUGCAUCACCAAGGAAGAUUUGGAGAAUGGGGAAGACGUGGCAACCUGCCCUAGCUGCUCUCUCAUUAUAAAAGUGAUUUAUGACAAGGAUCAGUUCACGUGUGGAGAGACAGUCCCAGCCCCUUCCACCAACAAAGAACUAGUUAAAUGCUGAAGAAGAUUUUUAGGUUCUAAAACCUGAACUUGGGGAAUGAGGCAAGCUGGAAAAGUCUAAUGCGGAGUCACUGGCUUCUUUACAGGGACAGUCCUUUUGUGGUUUGCUGUUCAUGAGAGUCUGGAUUCUUUCCAUCGGGUGCCAAGUUCAUCUCCAAUUGAAGAAGCAAGUCCACCACAUGACAUGCCUGGAUUUUGUUCUCAAAACCUUGAAUUGGAAGUGUUUCCAUCCAAACAUAAAAGAAGAUAAUUUCAAAUCAAUGCUUUUCUCCCUCAGUUUUAUUUUUAUAUCUUUACACUAUUACUUCAUUAUCUGACAACAGCAUCAUCUACCUCAAAGCAAUAGGUUUCUUUAACUUAAAAAGAUUUUUAUUUUAAUCAUUUAGGAAGAUUUUUUAAAUCAGCCCUUUCUAUGCAAUUUGACGUCAGCUCUUUGCUGUUGUAAACUGAAGGAAGUCAGUUGCCUCUAGUCUGUUGGGACUGCGCCUUCUACUCCCUCACCACGCUGACCUUCGUCAGGGAUCUGUGUUCUGCUAAACGUGCCACUUCAUUAUGCUUCAUAUACUGGGUCCUGGUGGUGGUGCAAAGAAAAAAUAUACUGAACUCACAAAGUUAGUGAGUUAAGAAGAAAAGUCAAAAAAACAAAACAGUCAAAGGAUAUGGACUUUCCUUAUCAAUAUUCUGCGUUUUCCUUGAAAAUCAGGACAAGAUAAAAAACAGCCAAAGGAAGUGAAACUGGUAACAGAACGAGAAGAGAAAACUAUGCCUACUUAGUUAUUUAAUUAAAUGCUUGAGUGCUUUUUCGA